AUGAGCGGAAACAACAGCCAAUUCGCGCGGCUGCGCCGCCGCUGUUCCGCGGCGUGCCGAACCCUCUCGAAAGCGCAUUACAGCAAGCAACGCCGGCGGCCAGUUAACGUCAGCCAAAGCCCUAACACCAUCGAGGACGAGAUGAUGGACGAGGACGUGUAUUUAGAAGAAACCCUAAUCAAGUACGAAGAAGACGAGGAGGCCUUGAUUCUCCUUGGAGAUGAAGCCGUAGCUUCUCGGCUCUCCAAAUGGAAGCGCCCUUCUCUCCCUCCUCAGCAAUUCUCUCAAAACAUAGUUUUUCAGCAACUGGAGAUCGAUUACAUUAUUGGUGAUAGCAACAAGGAGUUGCUUCCAAAUUCUUCGGGUCCCGCCGCGAUUCUCAGGAUCUUUGGCGUGACUAAAGAAGGGCACAGUGUCUGUUGCCAUGUUCAUGGAUUCGAGCCCUAUUUCUAUUUUAGCUGUCCUGCAGAGAUGGGACCAGAUGCUAUAUCAAGAUUCCAGCAAACUCUAGAGGGUAGAAUGAGGGAAUCCAACAGGAAUAGUAAUGUGCUGAGGUUCAUCAGGCGGAUCGAGUUGGUUCAGAAGAAGAGCAUUAUGUAUUACCAGCAGUGUCAGUCGCAACCAUUUCUUAAGAUUGUUGUGGCCUUGCCUACAAUGGUUGCUAGUUGUCGAGGCAUUCUGGAAAGAGGCAUACAGAUUGAAGGCCUUGGUUUAAAGAGUUUCAUGACAUAUGAAAGCAAUAUUCUUUUCGCACUUCGUUUCAUGAUUGAUUGCAACAUUGUUGGUGGUAAUUGGAUUGAAGUCCCUGCAGGGAAGUAUAAGAAGACAGCCAGGAGUAUGUCCUAUUGCCAAAUUGAACUAGAGUGUCUGUAUUCUGACUUGGUCAGUCAUGUCCCAGAAGGAGAGUACUCUAAAAUGGCUCCAUUUCGCAUAUUAAGUUUUGAUAUUGAGUGUGCUGGUCGUAAAGGACUUUUCCCUGAGCCUACUCAUGAUCCUGUUAUUCAGAUAGCCAACUUAGUCACUCUACAAGGAGAGGAUUGUCCUCUCAUCCGCAAUGUGAUGACUCUUAAAUCAUGCUCUCCAAUUGUUGGCGUUGAUGUGAUGUCAUUUGACACAGAAAAAAAAGUUUUGCUUGCUUGGAGGGAUUUCAUUCAAAAGGUAGAUCCGGAUAUUAUUAUUGGAUACAAUAUCUGCAAAUUUGAUCUUCCAUAUCUCAUGGAGAGAGCUGAAGCCCUCAAGAUAGCGGAAUUUCCUAUCCUGGGUCGUGUUAGAAACAGUCGGGUUCGCAUGCGUGAUACAACAUUCUCCUCAAGGCAGUAUGGAGUGCGGGAAAGCAAAGAAGUGACAAUCGAGGGAAGGGUCCAAUUUGAUCUGCUUCAGGCUAUGCAAAGGGAUUACAAGCUUAGUUCAUAUUCUUUGAAUUCUGUCUCUGCACACUUCCUCUCAGAGCAAAAAGAGGACGUACACCAUUCCAUAAUAUCUGAUCUUCAAAAUGGAAGUCCUGAGACAAGACGACGCCUCGCUGUGUACUGCUUGAAGGAUGCUUAUCUUCCACAACGGCUUUUAGACAAGUUAAUGUACAUUUACAAUUAUGUAGAGAUGGCUCGAAGCAUUAAGGUCCUUUCUCAACUUCUUAGGAAAGCGAGACAAAAGAAUCUUGUCAUUCCUAAUUUUAAAGGGCAGGUAUCUGGGCAAGACACUUUUGAGGGAGCAACGGUUUUGGAGGCAAAGGCUGGAUUUUAUGAAAAGCCUAUUGCAACUUUGGACUUCGCAUCUUUAUAUCCGUCCAUAAUGAUGGCAUACAAUCUGUGCUAUUGCACAUUGGUGACACCGGUUAAUGCUCGGGAAUUGAACUUGCCAGCCGAUAGUGUCAACAAAACUCCGUCUGGGGAACUUUUUGUUAAAUCAGACUUACAGAAGGGUAUACUACCAGAAAUUCUUGAGGAAUUGUUAGCUGCUCGUAAAAGGGCGAAAGCAGAUCUAAAGGAGGCAAAAGAUCCACUUGAGAAGGCUGUGUUGGAUGGUCGCCAACUCGCUUUGAAGAUAAGUGCAAACUCUGUUUAUGGUUUCACUGGAGCUUCAAUUGGCCAAUUACCUUGCUUAGAGAUAUCAUCGAGCGUUACAAGCUAUGGUCGACAGAUGAUUGAGCAUACAAAGAAACUCGUGGAAGAGAGAUUUACGACAACUGGUGGCUACGAUCAUAAUGCAGAGGUUGUUUAUGGAGACACUGAUUCUGUCAUGGUACAAUUCGGUGUGCCAAGUGUAGAAGCUGCAAUGAAACUGGGAAGGGAGGCAGCCGAUUAUAUCAGCAGAACUUUCACGAAGCCCAUCAAACUAGAGUUCGAGAAGGUUUAUUAUCCAUAUCUAUUAAUUAGCAAGAAAAGAUAUGCUGGAUUGUAUUGGACAAAUCCUGAUAAGUUCGACAAAAUGGAUACUAAAGGCAUUGAAACAGUCAGAAGAGACAACUGUUUGUUAGUAAAAAAUCUGGUGACUGAAUGCCUUAACAAAUUAUUAAUUGACCGAGAUGUUCCUGGUGCUGUUCAAUAUGUUAAGAACACCAUAUCUGAUCUUCUGAUGAACCGCAUGGACUUGUCUCUUUUGGUUAUAACAAAGGGUUUGACAAAAACAGGUGAUGAUUAUGCUGUGAAGGCUGCACAUGUUGAACUUGCUGAGCGAAUGAGAAAGCGUGAUGCUGCAACUGCCCCCAAUGUUGGAGACCGUGUUCCAUAUGUCAUAAUUAAAGCUGCAAAAGGUGCCAAGGCUUAUGAGAAGUCGGAGGAUCCCAUAUAUGUGCUUGAGAACAACAUUCCUAUUGACCCCCAGUACUACCUUGAGAACCAGAUCAGCAAGCCAUUAUUGAGAAUAUUUGAACCUAUUCUGAAAAAUGCAAGUAAAGAACUCCUUCAAGGAAGUCACACCAGGGCUAUGUCAAUUUCUACUCCUUCAACCGGCGGUUUAAUGAAAUUCGCAAAGAAACAGCUUGGCUGCCUUGGAUGCAAAGCGCUACUUAGCAAUGCAGAUCAAACACUUUGCAAACACUGCAAAGGAAGAGAAGCGGAGUUGUAUUCCAAGACAGUAGCUAAUGUUCGUGAGCUGGAGAUGCUUUUUGGGAGGCUAUGGACGCAGUGUCAAGAAUGCCAAGGCUCGCUCCACCAAGAUGUUUUGUGCACAAGUCGGGAUUGCCCCAUUUUCUAUCGGCGGAAGAAAGCACAAAAGGACAUGGCUGAAGCUAAGACGCAACUUGACCGGUGGAACUUUUGAGCUCUUUCGAGUGAUAAUUGGUGGCUGAAUUGAUGGUAUUUUGGGUACAUAACUAGUCUGGCAUCCGCAUGAGUGGCAACUAGUAACUUCAGUUAAAGACAGCUGGAUGUCAACUUGGCUCGGAUUGUCGCUGUUCAAUAACUGUACUUUGCGAUUUUGUAUGUGGUUCAAAGUUUGCAGGAUUAUCUUGGUGUUUCUCAUACUACUGGAUGUACAAUUGCUAAGCGAGGCCUGGAGGUCCCAGGCAUCACAGUAAAUUAGUAAGAGUUGCUGAGAAUUUGUAGGAACUGAGUUUCCUCCAGCAGAAAACUGAUGUGUUUGAACUCUAGGAAAGGAAUGUGUAUUGUGACUGUAUUCUGAGCAUUUCCUCAGUAAUUAUGUCAGCGGCAAAACAUUCAACAUGUGGAGAUGAGUUUGGGAUGAAUGUAGCUCAUAAGCCUUUUGUACCUGGCUUGGCACAAGAAAUGUUUUAACGUCCUUGUUCAGCUAUAUAGUGUAGAGCCUAAAGUUUUAAUUGGUUGAAGAAUAGGAAAUUGUUUUUUUUA